AUGAAUGUUGUUGGAAAGACAUUCAUAAGAACUUAUCCAGAUCAUAAGGCAACAUCAUCUGAAGUUUUAGAAUGGAAAAUGUCAAAAAAUGUGAAAUGGGCUUGUGAAAAUCUUUGGAAUAAGGUCAAGAAUGUAGAUAAUCCUAGUGACACCUAUAUUAGUCAUAUUAUACAAGAAGUUUUAAAAACAAAUGAACGUAUCACAAAUAAUUGCUUGUUUGUCAUUUCAAUCGUAGAACUCAUGUUUGAUCCUGAAAUUCAAACAACUGUACUUUCUGGUGAAUUGAUAAUCAAGCGAAUGAUUGAUUGGGAUAAACAGCAGAAAAAGACAUUAAAUAAAAAUUAUGAAUUAGAUGAAAAUGAGAUUGGUUAUAAGGAUACAGAUAAUUAA